GGGAGACGUUGCUAGUAAGUCAGUCUCUUGCAGUGGUUUUUACGGUCGAUUUCAACGUUUUGAAGAACAAACAUGCGCAUCCUCCACCUGCAAGCCUCGACGUUACUCCAGGUUCUAUAUUUUAUGACUGUCACCGCUUCUCAUGGUGCAAAAUGGACAUAUAUGGGGCCGGAAGGAGAGCACCACUGGUCAAAGCACUACCCCUACUGUGGUGGCACAUUCCAGUCACCCAUUGACUUUGAAACGGAGCUGCUGAGGUACGACCCGACCUUGGAGCCCAUCGAGGUGCGAAACUACAACCUGUCCACACAUGAGCAGCUGACCCUUUCCAACAACGGACACUCAGUGCAACUGUCCCUGCCUCCCAGAAUGCACAUCUCCAGCCUGCCGCACCACUACUCCGCAGCCCAGCUCCACCUCCACUGGGGGUCCCCCAGCCAGCCUGAGGGCUCCGAGCACACCAUCAACGGCAAGCGGUUCACAGCUGAGAUGCAUGUGGUGCAUUUUAAUUCGGACAAGUAUCCCAACGUCUCCAUGGCAGUGGACAAGUCAGACGGGCUGGCUGUACUGGGCAUACUGAUUGAGAUCGGAGAGUUCCACCCAACCUUCAACCAGCUUCUGAAAUACCUCAAUGGCAUCAAAUAUAAGGAUCAGAGAAUCCAGGUUCCGGCCUUUAACAUCCGGGAUUUGCUGCCAGCUCGCUUGGAUGAGUACUACCGCUAUGACGGCUCCCUAACCACCCCCCCAUGCUACCCCAGUGUGCUGUGGACUGUGUUCAGGAACCCCAUUUCCAUCUCUCAGAAACAGUUCAUGGCCCUGGCAGCAGGUGUGUUCUCCUCCAGCGAGCAAGAGUCCGUCCCUGUGCCUCUCAACAGAAACUACAGGAAUCCACAGAACCCAGAGGACAGGAUUGUCUUGGUCUCCUUCCAGGAGGGCAGAGGACUGCAUGGUACCAUAACAGUGACGCCACCUUUCCUGAGAAGGCAAAUCGUUCAGCGGCUGCUGACCGGCGACCUAUUCGACCUGGACGAUGGCGGGCUGUCCCGAGUCCCGCCCAUACUCGGCCGCGGGCCAGGGGCCGGCAAGAAGUGGGCCAACCACAACAGCCAGAACAGUGGGGGGCAGGCUGUUCCAAAACAGAAGUGGCCGAGACUGAAGGCGGCAGAUGGUGCCAGCUUCGGCCCCACCCUCUGGAAGAACUCCCAAAUCGCCAGCCAUGUGGGGAAAUCCGGUCUUUUCGAGGGCAGGCUAUGCUACAGCUCUCUGCAGCAGAAAGUGUCUCGCCAGCUGAAGAAAGCUCAUGCCCAGGACCAGCUGGUGGAGGCCCUCUGGGAGGUGGUCUUUCCCAAGCUGAACCUGAGGAGCUACCUGGCCUGCAGGUCCGACCUGGCUCUGCCCACCGUCAGGUUCCUCCUCGGCGGCCAUCCCAUUGACGAGACCACGGAGGUGGAUCGUUUUUUGAUGAAAGCCCUGUAUAGGCAAGAGCAAGGUCCUGCCCUUCACCAGCUGGACCCAACCGUCACAAAACAAACAGGCCACCACCGCCACCAAGCCACAGCCCAGAAGAACACCCCCAGCGUGGCUCGGCCAUACCCUCUGCCCCUGGGGUGGGAGUGGGAGGACUAGGGCCAGGGUCAGCCCCUCACCCAGCCAGCGCAUAAUCUGCUAUGUGACACAGGCAGAAUAAUAAGUGGCAAGUUACGCACAUUCUAGAAGUAGGCUCUCAGGUUCAUUAUAUAAUUUAUCACAGCAGGACUCAGAAGUGUCAGCAUUCUCAAGGUAAUGGACAAACUGGCUGGAUACAGCCACGCUUUCCUCAGAAUGGACUUAUUCUUUCCCUUCCUCUUUGGACCAGGUUUAACUAGCCAUCUAAAACUGUAGGUCAAUGACCAAAGGCAAUCGUACUACAUUAAAGGAAUCGAAUGGUUACCUGAAGCACUUAUUUACAGUGAACCAUAUAUAGCAUGUGAUUAGGCUUAAAGAAAAGACCAAAAGUAGAGGUAUUAAAAUUAUACUGCAUUUGAGUGUACAUCAAUUUUCAGGGGGGGGGGUGUACAAAAUGUACAGUUACUCCUUUGUAAGUGGAUAGAAAAAUGGACAAAAUCACAAUAGGAGCUCUCUCUGUAGGGAUAUCAUGCCUCGGUUCGUUCCAGUCCAGUAAAUCUCAGACGGUGAUAUAUAUCAUGACUAGUGCAGAUCUGCUCACUGCAUUGCAUGGGAAGCCUUUAAGCGCUUCUCUAUUUCAUGUGCUGAAUGUAAAGAAGGGAAGCUUUUGAGUAUGGCAUGUUUUUGAAUUUAAUUGGGAAAAGUUGACUUCUGUGUAGCAAUUAUUAUAUACUGAAGUGGUUAGAGUCACGCACAAAGGAACAGGGUAGUCGAACAGAAAAAAAAUAGCAAGCAUUUAAGUCUUUAAACAUUCCUCUUUUUUAACAACUUGUGCUGCCGCUUUGGGUGCGAUUUGAAAUGGAAGGAAACCACAAUUCAUUGACCUAGUUUUAUGUGGAAUCUUUGGAUCAUGGUUUGUAAAAUAAAUGACAGCACAUAUAGUACAAAAUGCAUUUGUAGUUUGGCUUUUUGUCUUCGCACGGGCACAGAUGGUGGAUUUUUUUACAGAAAGAAACCCAUGUAAGUGUCUGGAUGUAAGAUGAAAUUACCCAUAUGGCUUGUAGGGCCAUCUGUCGCAUUUGUGCUUGGUAUUGGUACAUGCAACCAACCAUUUUCCUUUGGUACAUUUUCCAAUGUGCAUUGGCUUUUUUUUCUGGGAAGUUAAACUGAUUUCAAGGUCCAGUAGAAAUGGGCAUCCUAAAUUAAUUGGUCAGGUAAAACUGCAUUAAUACAGGGAGCCACACAAUCUCAAGCUGAAGGGGCCUUCCUGUUUAUAAUGCACAAUGCCAGUUCAGAAGUCAAUUCCGUGCAUAUAUGCGGCAUUUGUAUUGUCAGCGGUUAUAGCCAAAUGAUCAAAAUUGCAAAUAAUUAAAAAGUGCUAUUCCUGGUGCUAAGGAAGCAUAUUAUUCUGCUGAUUUUGUGGUUUAGAGGUUGAUUGCAUAUUAACAAUGACCUCCAAAAAUGACCUUGAUCAUGACCAAAAAGGAAAUGUGGGGUUAAACAAGUAAGAAUGGAGUUAUGACGGUAAAGACAAUUAGGACUGCCUCAGAGAGGACCUGGUUUGGCCCUUUUUCCUCAACAGAAGCACUGUCUAGUCUUAGUUGUAU